AUGAAGGAUUUCAAUUCGGAUCUAUUCGACCCGGCCACGGUCAUGGACUCAUCCUCCGAUUACUCUCGCAGUGCUUCCUCUUCCGAUGCCGAUUUCGGCUUCGCCUUCAACGACAGCAAUUUCUCCGACAGGAUGCUCCGCAUCGAGAUCAUGGGCGACCCCCUCGAGGCCCGCCCCGAUGCCCAGGGUUGCACCACCAUCGCCGACUGGGCUCGCCACCGCAAGCGGAGGCGCGAGGAUAUCAAGAAGGACAAUAACGUUGUUGAUCUUACUUUAUUGCCUGACGAGCAAAUUUUGAAUGGGAAUCAACCUGAUAUGGAUGAUUUUCUACCUUCCGAGAAUCAAGAUGAAGAGGCAGCUGCAAUGGUUGAAGAAUCCCCUUCAGGUGACGAGGCAGCAAAUUGCAAUGAUUCGAAUUGGAAUAUGGAUUGCUCUGCAGUUGUGAGAGUUAGAACACUACACAUCAGUUCUCCUAUCUUGGCUGCCAAAAGUCCUUUCUUCUACAAGCUUUUCUCAAAUGGAAUGAGGGAGUCAGAGCAGAGGCAUGUCACCCUGAGAAUUAAUGCUUCUGAGGAAGCUGCUCUUAUGGAGCUUCUGAAUUUUAUGUAUAGUAAUACCUUGAACAUUACUUCACCACCUGCUCUAUUAGAUGUGUUGAUGGCUGCUGACAAAUUUGAAGUUGCUUCAUGUAUGAGACAUUGUAGCCGAUUAUUGCGGAAUAUACCUAUGACACCUGAGUCUGCAUUGCUUUACCUUGAGCUUCCUUCUAGCGUCUUAAUGGCUGAUGCAGUUCAACCAUUGACUGAUGCUGCAAAGCAGUAUCUUGCGGGGCGAUACAAAGAUAUAACGAAGUUCCAGGAAGAGGUUAUGGGAUUGCCUCUAGCUGGAAUAGAAGCAAUUUUGUCUAGUGAUGAACUUCAGGUUGCCUCAGAGGAUGCUGUAUAUGACUUUGUGUUGAAGUGGGUUCGAAUACAGUACCCAAAAAUUGAAGAUAGGAGAGAAGUCCUGGGUACACGACUAGCCCGUUUAAUUCGUUUCCCUUACAUGACCUGCCGAAAGCUUAAGAAGGUCUUAACCUGCAAUGACUUUGACCAUGAUGUUGCAUCCAAGCUUGUACUUGAAGCCCUAUUUUUCAAGGCUGAGGCUCCACACCGCCAACGGAUACUAGCUGCCGAGUCUGCUUCCUUCAAUCGUCUUUUUGUUGAGCGGGCAUACAAGUAUCGCCCUGUUAAGGUGGUGGAAUUUGAACUUCCAAGGCAGCAGUGUGUGGUUUACUUGGAUCUAAAGCGGGAGGAGUGUGCCAAUUUGUUCCCAUCUGGCAGGGUUUAUUCUCAGGCAUUCCAUUUAGGUGGACAAGGGUUUUUCUUAUCAGCACAUUGCAACAUGGACCAACAGAGCUCUUUCCACUGCUUUGGCCUGUUUUUAGGAAUGCAGGAAAAGGGCUCAGUCAGCUUUGCCGUUGACUAUGAAUUUGCCGCAAGGUCAAGGCCAACAGAGGAAUUUGUUAGCAAGUACAAAGGCAAUUACGUAUUCACCGGGGGAAAGGCCGUUGGCUAUAGAAACUUGUUUGCAAUUCCGUGGACAACAUUCAUGGCUGAAGAUAGUCUUUACUUUAUCAAUGGUGUACUCCACCUCAGAGCUGAGCUCACCAUCAGACACUGACCGGGAUUUAUAUCUGUAAACCUUUUCUUCUAGAUGGUAGCUCUGACUUUUUUGGGGCUAUGUUUCUCAUUUUCCUUUAACCUGUUGUACUCCUAACUAAUAUCCGGGCAAUGUGCACUAGGUGGCUAGUGCUGCAUGAGAUCAAAUGAAUUAUCAGGAUUUGACUUUUUCUCUUACAUGUACAAGAGUUUGUGUAGCUACAGGAAGGACAUGUCUCGUUUUUA